AUGGCUUUGUCUCAGCAAGAGCUCGAGAAGCUGCUUGCCGCGCCGGCGCUCGACCCGCCACCCGGUGUCGACCCCGAGUUUGACAACCCGCCAAAUGGAAACAACCUCGCCUGGGGCGUCACAACGUUUUGCAUGGUUGUUGCAACUCUAUGUCUUCUUCUCCGAGCGUACGGCAGGCUGUGGCUCGAGAGAAAGGUGUUUGUUGAAGAAGCAUUUGCUGCAUACUCUCUCAUCUGGACUCCCGGCUACUACGUGCAUACAUGGAACCUCCGGAAUGGUGACCUCGUCCGGCCACUUUGGCUGAUCCUCGUCUACGGAUGCUGCUACUCGGCAGUCCUCCCGCUACUCAAGACGGCCAUUCUCCUCGACUGGUGCCGCGUCUUCGUUCCCGGCCGAAAGACAAAGAGUCCAUUCUGGUGGGCGUGCAUGGCAGUCAUUGCCCUCCAGUGCGUUUGGGGCGUCCUUUGCAUCCUGCUGCUGAACCUCCAGUGCCGUCCUCACCGGGCCAUCUGGGAGUUCUACCUGCCCAGCAAAUGCUACAGCCUGCCCAAGGUCAUGCUAGGGUCGGCCAGCAUCCAGGUCAUCACGGAUAUCUGCAUGGCGCUGCUACCACAGCACAUCAUCUGGCGUCUUAAGAUGAACUGGCAGAGGAAGAUGGGCGUGGCCCUCAUCUUUGGCGUUGGUGUCAUCGCCUGCGUUGCAGCAUGCUUCCGUCUAGAUCAUACCGUCACCUUUUCUAGGGAGGCAGACACCAUGUGGUACAUUGGCCCUCUCCUCUUCUGGGCGUGUGCUGAGAUGACGUGCGGCUUCUUCAUCCUCAGUGUCACAACGCUCCCCAGGAUCAUUGCCGAGAGCGGCAUCUCGACGCGGGUCAAGAAGGCCCUCGGCAUCAGCUACAAGUCCUCGGGCCCCUCCAACGAAAACUCUGACAUGGGACCGAGUUCUGGAUCAAAGCAGCCCGUUGUCAAGUCGGGCGGCAAGUCUUCGGACAACUACUACAAACUUGACGAGGAUGGCGUGCCCAUGACCAACUUUGACAAGUCGGAGUCACAAGAGCAGCUUCGUGGUGUAGAGGAGCAGGACUACAAGAGUGGCGUGCAGGUAACGCAGACGAUGGAUGUGACCGUCAUCACAUCGGAUUUGCAUUCUGGUAGCGAUGUCGGGGUGUCUAAAAACAUGACUCCGUGGGAGCAUCAAAGGAGGCACGGGUAUUAG